GCCGCCCCCGGGCGGGGGGAGCCCCCGCCGUGUCCCAUAAAGGGCAGCCCGGGGCCCCGGCGGUGCUUGCUGCGGAGCAGGGUUCUCUUUCUCCCUCUGGACGGCCGCUUUCCCUGGAACACCCUGGGCAGGCUCCUCCCGGAGAGAGGCGAAUUCCCCGUUGUGUCGCUGCCAUGGCCUCCGUCCCCUCCGCCGGCUGCCUCCUGGCCAAGAACCAGUACUACAGAACAAGACUGAACUCGGAAUCCAGUGUUUCUUCCAGCUCCUCCUGCUGUUCAGAUGCUGUGAACAUCACAGACCAGGACAAAGCAUUGCAUGGGUUACCUGAGUUAAUUGAUAAAUAUUGGUGGAUAAAAAGCUUCUUCCAUAGUGAACCUUCUCCACCAACUGUUGGCAGAAAAACACUCUCAGCAAGCAGUACCAACAGCUGAAAAGRACAACAUGAUGGCUUUUCUGACUGAGAUGCUACAUACAGACUUGUUUUUCCACGAGGCUUGGGAUCUUCCUAAUGUCUGRGUUCAGCUGCAAGAAGAAAACAAAACCUUUAGGAGAGUGGAAAAGUGAAUUUUCAAAAUAUUUGUCAGUAGCUAAAAUGAUAUCUCUUAAUGGACAUACCUGUGGCCUACCAUGUUCUUUAUAGAUUUGCCAUAAUUUGAGAUGUCUGUCUAAUGGAAGUUUCCAGGAUUAAAUACCCUGUUGAUUUGAAUAAUUAGAGAAAACAGACAGUAAAAAAUAAGAUAUCAUAGGUUUAGAAGGAAGAUGUGCAUUGAAUGCCUUUGCAAUGAUCAAUUCAGUUAAGCUACCUUUAAGAUACCAGCGCUACAGGCAGUCACACUGAUGUAAACAAGAUUCAGAUCUAUAAUCCAGAGUAGGACUGCUGUGUGGCACAUGUCUUUUAUCAAGUAUCUGUGUACCAGCUACAGGGUGUAAGUUUACAAAAAAGCUUGUCAAUAGCUUUGCUUUUAGAAAGCCCAGUUAUKUGAAGAAGCAAUGAUCAGUUUGGUUUCAAGCAGGGUGCAUAGAUCCCAACUUCAAAUAYCCAGGUACRACUUUCAUCUUACCUGUGAAUGCUGAUAUUUGAGGGCAGGAUAGAGGAGAUGCACMAGAAACCAGUAAUCCUCAUGGACACUGACCUCUUGCAAGGAGAAGAGCAACCUUAAUCAGAGUUGAUACUGUUAGCUCUUUUUUGAUUUCUUCUGCCUGCUUUAUUGUGGCUUAGGGAACUACUUGUUCCUGAGUGACUAAUUCUAUCAAUAUUCUGCUGUCUGUGAGAUUAGUUAUGGGCUASAGCUGGCAAAGGAUUCCACUCAAAAUAAUCACAUUGAUGUUGUUAUCCAAGUGUACCUUUGUCAUGCUCUUGAAAAGUACUGUAACUUUGCAAUGCUGAAGACAAAAUGAAGCUAAUUAGUACAUAGAUUGUUUAUUCUCCUGGGUAUGACUGAAACGCAUCCAGUAUUAUGGAAAAUAACAAGUAUUUGGAUGGAUGAUAACACUUGUAACAAUUAUCUAUGCAACUUUUGGAUGUACUGCCAUUAAACAUGCUGGAUAUUUGUCCAUCACUGGAUGAACUAACAAGAGCAAACAUUAAUGUAGCCAGCAUCUUUUUAUUAUAGGUUAAUGGUUGUCAUAGUUUUGCAWAACUCCAAGUAUAUUAAGUGCCUACUUCAGGAAGCUUGCAGUCUUGGUGGAGACAAUAAAUGCAUGGCAGAUGACAACAGAAAAGAGCACAAUUCUGAAAACAUUAUUUCAAGGGCCUUUAAACUGGCAUAAGUGUCUUUACUGCUAUUGCAUAGUUUCAUCUUUGUUCUUUCUCUAAGUGUACAGAAUAACUUUUUAUACUAUGAUUUUUUUUUAUUAAUAAAGAUUUAAUCAUGACUUAUUUUUGGCUUCCAAAACCA